CGCAUUUUGAAGUCUCUCGCGUACGGGCCGUGUUUUACGAAACGGAAUAUAUUACUACACCGAUCUCAAAAAACAAACAUCGAUCCCGUAUGUGGAAAUGUUGGGAUAAGUGCCUAUUCAUCUAAUGAGAGCCAUGGCGCGCAUAGUAGUGGCUGGAGGAGCAUUGCUCUACAUCCUUAGUAUAGCGGUAGAGACCAGUGCUCUCAUUCUUCUACCGCACGACGUUCGCCCUGGACAUGCCGUUCGCCAUUUCACUGGAAACCACACUCGCUACACCCUUCUCGACCCUGAAUUCACGUCAUAUUUCACCCUUUUGGAUGAUGGCCUACUUAUGACUACAGCUGAUCUCACACCACUCUUGAAUCAACCAUUAAACCUAGCCAUCUUGGAAAGAACACCGUAUAGCAGUUCAGCACAUUCAUUACACCUGUUGGUUAUGGAUCGUAGAAAAAUGCUCAGUUUUACCACAAUCAAUGGCCUUCGUGGAGAGAUUCCAGAAAAUUCACCCGAAGGCACAGUGGUAGACAUACCACCUAUAAGAGCUACUGCCCUCGUUAAUAUUGGCCGUAUUGCUUACAAAAUCAUUCAGGGAAACGAUGAUUCUACCUUCGCUCUGCGAGAAAAAGAUACAGGACCAAACUAUGACCUUAAAUCAGUCGUUACUGAAGGUGACGUCGAAAUAGUGGCGUUACGACCUCUUGACGCUGAAACUAAAAAUUUGUAUGAUUUUAUAAUUCAGGCAACCGAUUUACAUGGAGUGAGUAAAGCUAGUUUGCCAAUUACGGUUAGCGUAUUGAAUGAAAACGACCAUGAGCCGGUAUUCGAUCAAGAAAUGUAUUAUUUCGCUGUUAAUGGUACCAUCGAUAAGAACAUAAACAAUGGUACAGCACAUUGGCCAAGAUUUUCUAACAUUGGUAUUGUUCACGCCUCUGAUUCUGAUGGUGAUCGUGUCUACUAUUCAAUAAAAACUCCGACUAAUUUAGCUGUCAUUGUGCCACAAACUGGAGAGUUAAUACUCGCAGGAGAACCAGAUGGUUAUGAUGCUGAAUUGUUAGUAAUAGCCCAUGAUGUUGGAACGCCGUCUAAAAAGAGUAAACCGGCUCAAGUAUUUCUGGAAUUUGUGGUUCGGGAAGAAAGAGAAUUACCAACUCUUCACCGAGAGAAGCGGCGUGUGACACGCGCGGUUCGGCCGACAAAAAGGAUAGAAUUUACUGAAGCUGACGGUGAAGUAGAAGGGCGUGCAGUCUUCACUUUGGAGAAGGAAACCGACCGCGAAACCUUCAAAAUCCGAGAUGAAAAUCCGUGGGUUACAGUGGAACCGAGUGGUGUUGUGAAAGUUAAAAAGAAGUGGGACUUUGAAGAACUUGGACCUGAGAAAACUAUCGACUUCUGGGUGACUAUCACGAAUGCCGGCAAUGGAGUGGCCUUGAAGUAUACAGACAACCAGCGCGUGAUUAUUCAUGUAAAGGACGUGAACGAUGAGCCUCCAUACUUCAUCAACCGACCGCUGCCAAUGCAGACUGUGGUACAACUCAAUGCGGCCCCCAACACACCAGUCUUUACUCUUCAAGCGAGGGAUCCUGAUACAGAUCACAACAUCCACUACUUCAUAGUGAGAGAUAGAACUGGAGGGAGGUUCGAGGUUGAUGAGCGGUCUGGUGUCGUCCGUACGAGGGGAACUGAUCCAUUUCAACUAGACAUGGAGUAUGUGCUGUAUGUGAAAGCGGAAGAUCAGAGUGGUCGUGUAGAUGAAAGGCGGUUCCAAUCAACGCCCGAAGAACGUCUUAGCAUAGUUGGAGGAAAGCGAGCCCCACAAUUCUACUUGCCCAGUUAUGAAGCGGAAAUUGCGGAAAAUCAGAAAAAAGAUUCAGAUAUAAUUUCGGUGAAAGCGAAGUCAUUCGCUGACCGUGAAAUCCGUUACACGCUGAAGGCUCAGGGGCAAGGAGCUGGAACAUUCAACAUUGGUCCUUCAUCUGGUAUCGUGAAGCUCGCUAAAGAAUUAGAUUUCGAAGACCUGAGACAACCGCACGUGUACUCUCUAGUGGUCACCGCGACAGAAGAUUCUGGAGGAUUUUCCACGUCUGUUGAUUUAACAAUACGCGUCUCUGACGUCAACGAUAACGCUCCCAAGUUCGAGUUACCAGACUACCAAGCACACAACGUCGAUGAAGACAUUCCGCUGGGCACAAGCAUCCUUAAAGUGAAAGCUAUGGACGCUGACUCUGGGAAGAACGCUGAGAUUGAAUAUUUAGUUUCAGAUGAUCACUUCAGUGUCGAUUCAAACGGAAUCAUCACUAACAACAAGCAGUUGGAUGCUGACAAUAACAACGCUUAUUACGAGUUUGUGGUAACUGCAAAGGAUAAGGGAGAACCAGCAAAAACUGGAACUGCUACAGUUAGAGUAUAUACGAAGAACAAAAACGAUGAAGAACCUAAAUUUUCUCAACAAGUAUAUACGCCUAAUGUAGAUGAAAAUGCAGGUCCCAAUACUUUGGUCACCACUGUUGUUGCGUCAGAUAAAGAUGGGGAUAAUGUUCGAUUUGGUUUCGUCGGAGGUGGCACAAGCUCAGGCCAAUUCGUAAUUGAAGAAAUAACUGGAGUCAUACGAUUACAUAAUAAAGCUAUAUCGUUGGACAGAGAUAAGUAUGAGCUGAAUGUCACAGCUUUGGAUGACGGCGCAUGUUGCGUUAACGGCGAUGCGACCAUACACACGUCUACUGCAGUUGUCGUUGUAUUUAUAACGGAUGUAAAUGAUAACAAGCCGAUUUUCAAGGAUUGUCCAACGUAUUUCCCUAAAGUCGAAGAAGGUGCACCGAAUGGUAGUCCUGUGAUAAAAGUGCACGCCACGGACGAAGAUAAAGGAGUUAAUGGCCAAGUCAAAUAUUCCAUUGUACAGCAGCCUAAUCAAAAGGGUACAAAAUUCACGGUUGACGAAGAAACAGGCGAAGUGUCCACGAACAAAGUGUUCGAUAGGGAAGGGGAUGAUGGGAAGUUUGUUUCAGUUACCGUCAAAGCUACAGAUCAAGGCGACCCGUCGUUGGAAGGAGUCUGUUCCUUCACCGUUGAAAUCACCGAUGUCAACGACAAUCCACCGUUGUUCGAUCGACAAAAAUACGUCGAGAACGUAAAACAAGAUGCUAGUAUAGGCACAAAUAUCUUAAGAGUAUCAGCAUCUGAUGAAGAUGCUGAUAAUAAUGGAGCGAUCGUUUAUACUUUGAGCGCUCCUUAUAAUCCGGCUGACAUAGAAUACUUUGAGAUCCAACCUGAAUCAGGAUGGAUAGUCUUAAAGAAACCGUUAGACCGGGACAGGUAUCGCCUGCGCGUCCGCGCCUCCGACAGAGGGGACCCGCCGUCCUCCGCAGACGUGGACGUUGAAUUAGACGUGGUAGACAGGAACAAUAAACCUCCCAUCUGGGACAUGUCCACGUAUGGCCCCGUUCACAUCAAAGAGAAUGUCACAGUGGGUACCGUAGUGACCAGUGUGAAAGCCAGCUCCGGCAUUGAAAACAACCCAACCGUAUUUUACCGGCUGAUGCCCGGCUCCACGGCUCAAACGAACAAAUUCCACACUUUCUAUUUACAACAAAGAGCUGAUAAUGGAUUUACUUGGGCCGAUAUUAAAGUGAAUCAUCCUUUGGACUAUGAGAGCAUUAAGGAAUACAAUUUGACAAUACGAGUCGAGAACAACGGAGCGCAGCAACUAGCUUCGGAGGCAACAGUAUACAUUAUGCUUGAAGAUGUCAAUGACGAGAUUCCUUUAUUCACUGAGCGAGAACAAGAGACGGUGCUUGAAGGGGAACCCAUAGGUACCAAGGUCACGCAGGUCAACGCUAUUGACAAAGACGGGACUUUCCCUAAUAACCAGGUGUAUUACUACAUCGUGGACUCACCGCGCAACGAAGGCAAGGACUUCUUCGAGAUCAGCAUGCAGACUGGAGAAAUCUUCACAAAAGUGGUGUUUGACAGAGAAAAGCAAGGUGCCUACGCUUUAGAAGUAGAGGCAAGAGAUGGAGCCCCCUCGGCGCGACCGAAUUCAGAGAAUCAGCCGAAUUCAGUGACAAAAUUCAUCCGUAUUGGAAUAGCAGACAAGAAUGACAACCCGCCGUAUUUCGAUAAGGAGCUGUACGAAGCUGAAGUCGACGAAAAUGAAGAUAUACAACACACUGUUCUCACAGUCACCGCCAAAGAUCACGACGAAUCGUCGCGUAUUCGAUAUGAGAUCACGAGCGGGAACAUAGGUGGAGCUUUCGCCGUCAAAAACAUGACUGGCGCCAUCUACGUUGCAGGAGCUUUAGACUAUGAAACUAGGAAACGGUAUGAGCUGAGGUUGGCUGCGUCCGACAACUUAAAGGAAAACUACACGACAGUUGUGAUUCACGUCAAGGAUGUCAACGAUAAUCCGCCAGUGUUUGAGAGACCGACAUACCGUACCCAAAUUACAGAAGAAGAUGACCGCAAUCUACCCAAACGUGUGCUUCAGGUUACUGCUACCGAUGGCGAUAAAGACCGUCAGCAAAAUAUCGUUUAUUUCUUGACGGGGCAGGGUAUUGAUCCUGAUAACCCGUCAAAUAGUAAAUUUGAUAUAAACCGAACCACUGGAGAAAUUUUUGUUCUAAAGCCUUUAGAUCGUGACCAACCAAACGGAAGACCUCAGUGGAGAUUCACAGUUUUUGCUCAAGAUGAAGGUGGCGAAGGACUGGUCGGUUAUGCCGAUGUUCAAGUCAAUCUUAAAGAUAUCAACGAUAAUGCUCCCAUCUUCCCUCAAGGUGUUUACUUCGGAAACGUGACUGAAAAUGGAACUGCUGGAAUGGUUGUUAUGACAAUGACGGCUAUUGAUUAUGAUGAUCCUGCGGAAAGUAACAAUGCUAAGCUUUGGUACUCUAUAGAGAAAAAUGUUAUUGAAGAAGAAACUGGGUCUCCCAUAUUUGAAAUUGAACCUGAAACUGGUGUUAUUAAAACGGCCGUUUGUUGUUUAGACCGUGAAAGAACACCGGAUUAUUCUAUACAAAUAGUAGCUUCAGAUGGAGGGGGGUUAAAGGGUACUGGUACAGCUUCUAUUCGCGUUAAAGAUAUAAAUGAUAUGCCACCACAAUUUACAAAAGACGAAUGGUUUACUGAAGUAGAUGAAACAGAUGGUACUAAUCUUCCUGAAAUGCCUAUUCUUACUGUUACCGUUCAUGACGAAGACGAGACAAAUAAAUUUCAAUAUAAAGUUAUCGAAAAUAGUGGGUAUGGUGCUGAUAAGUUUACUAUGGUUAGAAAUAAUGACGGAACCGGAUCUUUAAAAAUUGUACAACCAUUAGAUUAUGAGGAUCAAUUACAGAGUAAUGGUUUUAGGUUUAGAAUUCAAGUUAACGAUAAAGGUGAAGAUAACGACAAUGACAAAUAUCAUGUAGCUUAUUCGUGGGUAGUGGUAAAGUUAAGAGAUAUAAAUGACAAUAAACCCCAGUUUGACAGAGCAAAUAUUGAAGUAUCAGUUUAUGAAAAUGCAGAGGUUGGAAAGAGUUUAGAAACCUUUAAAGCAACUGAUCCUGAUCAAGGUGGUAAAAGUAAAGUCUCCUAUGCAAUUGAUAGAUCUUCGGAUAGAAAACGCCAGUUCUCGAUAAACCAAGAGGGAACUGUAAGUAUACAACGGACUUUAGAUAGAGAAGAAACUCCUAGGCAUCAAGUUAAAAUAUUAGCUAUUGAUGAUGGUCUGCCACCAAGAACUGCAACUGCUACGCUAACAGUUAUAGUGCAAGAUAUAAAUGACAACGCACCUACAUUUUUAAAGGAUUAUAGACCUGUAUUAACUGAACAUAUAACUCCUAAAAAGGUUGCCGAAAUCUUAGCUACUGAUGAUGAUGACAGAUCAAAGAGCAACGGUCCGCCAUUCCAAUUCAGACUAGACCCAGGUGCUGAUGAUAUUAUCAGAGCUUCCUUUAAAGUUGAACAAGAUCAAAAAGGUGCUAAUGGUGACGGAAUGGCUAUCGUAUCAUCGUUAAGAUCAUUUGACAGAGAACAACAAAAGGAGUACCUUAUUCCUAUCAUUAUUAAGGAUCACGGUAAUCCUGCAAUGACUGGAACAAGCACUUUAACGGUUGUCAUUGGUGAUGUGAAUGACAAUAAAAUGCAACCUGGUUCCAAAGAUAUACUUGUGUACAGUUACCAAGGUCAAGCUCCAGAUACUGAGAUAGGUAGAGUAUAUGUCUACGAUCUAGAUGACUGGGAUUUGCCAGACAAAAAGUUCUUUUGGGAAAGUACUGAACAUCCUAAUUUCACCUUAAAUGAAGAAACUGGUAUGAUACAAAUGAAGCAUAAAACUCGAGAGGGUCGAUAUCAUUUGAAAUUCAAAGUUUAUGAUCGAAAACACACGCAAACUGAUGUACCUGCAAACGUUACAGUUUAUGUAAAAGAAAUAUCGCAUGAUGCUAUUAUAAACUCAGGAUCGAUACGAAUGUCAGGAAUAUCUGAUGAAGACUUUAUAAGAGUAUGGAAUUAUAAAACAUUAAGCGUUUCGAGAAGCAAGUUGGAUAUUUUUAAAGAUAAAUUGGCAGAUUUAUUGAACACGGAAAGAGAAAAUAUCGAUGUAUUCAGUGUACAGCUCAGGAAAAAACAUCCGCCUGUUACAGAUAUUCGCUUCUCAGCUCAUGGAGCACACUAUUAUAAACCAAUCCGACUAAAUGGUAUAGUUUUGAUGCAUAGAGAAGAAAUCGAAAGGGCUGUUGGAAUAAAUAUAACAAUGGUUGGAAUUGAUGAAUGUUUAUAUGAAAAUCAUGCAUGCGAGGGUUCCUGUACUAAUGUUCUCGAUAUAAGUAACUUACCUUACAUGGUGAAUGCAAAUAAAACCGCACUUGUGGGUGUUCGUGUUGAUGUUCUUGCAGAAUGCACAUGUGGUGCAAGAAAUUUCACUCAAGCAGAAACAUGCCGUAAUUCCCCUUGUUAUAAUGGAGGGAGAUGUAUAGAAGGUAAAUAUGGAUUAACAUGCUCUUGCCCUCCGGGUUACACCGGUCCAAGGUGUCAACAAACGUCACGCAGUUUCAGAGGCACUGGAUGGGCAUGGUAUCCAUCUUUAGAAAUGUGCGAUAGCUCUCACUUAAGCUUCGAGUUCAUAACUAGAAAAUCAGAAGGUGUACUUUUAUAUAACGGCCCAAUUGUACCACCGGAACCAGAAGAAAUAAUGGUAUCUGACUUUAUAUCCGUAGAGUUAGAGAGAGGCAACCCGCGAUUACUUAUAGAUUUUGGAUCUGGCACGCUGGAACUCAGAGUAAAAACUAAAAAGCCUUUAGAUGAUGGAGAAUGGCAUCGCCUAGAUAUAUUCUGGGAUACUGAAAAUGUAAGAAUGAUUGUAGAUUUUUGUAGAUCUGCUGAUGUACAAGAGAUGGAGGAUGGUACACCUCCAAAUUUUGAUGACUCAACUUGUCAAGCUACGGGAACUAUUCCUCCGUUCAAUGAAUACUUAAACGUUAAUGCACCACUUCAAAUUGGAGGUCUGUAUAUCGAACACUUUGAUCCUACUCAUUAUCAUUGGCAGUUUAUGCCUAUUGGUAAAGGAUUUGAUGGGUGUAUAAGAAACCUCAUUCACAACAGUAAACUAUAUGACCUGGCUCAUCCUGGACUUUCUAGAAAUUCAGUUGCUGGCUGUCCCCAAACAGAAGAAAUAUGUAAUCAAGCAGAUACUACAUCUAGAUGUUGGGAACAUGGUACUUGUGUGGGUAGUUUCUCUGAAGCGAGAUGUCAAUGCCAACCUGGUUGGACAGGACCAUCGUGUAAUUUGCCAACUACGCCUACUAGCUUUAGGCCUCAAAGCUACGUGAAGUUUGCUUUAAGUUUUGAACCUGACAGGUUCAGUACUCAGAUUCAACUUCGAUUCAGAACACGUGAGCCUCACGGUGAACUUUUUAGAGUAAGCGACCAACAUAACCGAGAAUAUGGCAUACUGGAAGUUAAGGAAUCACGACUGCACUUCAGAUUUAACUUGAACUCUUUGCGAACUGAAGAACGAGAUGUUUGGUUAAAUUCAGUAGCUGUAGAUGAUGGACAAUGGCAUAUUGCCCGCGUAAGCCGAUAUGGUAGUGCCGCUACCCUAGAAAUAGAUGGUGGAGAGGGUAGAAGAUAUAACGAAACCUUUACAUUUGAGGGACACCAAUGGCUUUUAGUAGAUAAACAAGAAGGUGUGUAUGCUGGCGGUAAAGCAGAAUAUACUGGAGUAAGAACAUUCGAAGUUUAUGCCGAUUUCCAAAAAGGAUGCUUGGAUGAUAUACGCUUAGAAGGCAAACAUCUACCGUUGCCUCCGGCAAUGAACGGUACUCAGUGGGGACAAGCAACGAUGGCAAGAAACUUGGAUCGCAACUGCCCGUCUAAUAGCCCUUGUAUCAACGUUCACUGCACGGAACCGUUUGUAUGCGUGGACCUGUGGAACGAGUACGAAUGCACGUGUCCUGACGGAUCCACGCGAGCUGGCAGCACUUGUGUCAACGUGAACGAGUGUUUGGCAAACCCGUGCCUGAACGGCGGGGAGUGCGUUGAUCGCGAACCGGCUCGCCGCUACGACUGUAUCUGUGCGUUCGGAUACGCCGGCCACGACUGCGAAUUAGAACUGCUCGCGUCGGGAAUCAUCAUGCCCUCCAGAGAUUUCAUUAUAGCUAUCAUUGUCUGUUUGUUUUUGCUUUUAGUUCUGGUUCUGGUAUUCGUGGUAUACAACCGACGGCGAGAGGCUCACAUCAAGUACCCUGGCCCUGAUGAUGAUGUGCGGGAGAACAUCAUCAACUACGAUGACGAAGGAGGUGGUGAGGACGACAUGACGGCCUUCGACAUCACUCCUCUACAAAUACCUAUUGGUGGACCGCUUCCAGAUCAUGUUCCAACAAAAUUACCUUAUCCUCUGAUGAGUGUUGGCCUAGGAGUUGGUCCAAUGGGUGUAAGCGUGGCUCCACCACUCGGCGUUUCCUUGCCCGGCGAGACCAAUGUUGGAAUGUUCAUUGAGGACCAUAAAAGGCGGGCGGAUAGUGACCCCAAUGCCCCGCCUUUUGAUGACCUGAGGAACUACGCCUAUGAGGGAGGCGGCAGCACUGCUGGAUCGUUGUCUUCGUUGGCUUCCGGUACUGACGAUGAGAAUCACGAAUACGGCUACAUUACUGCUUGGGGCCCUCGCUUCGACAAAUUGGCUGACCUCUACGGACCCGAACUUGACGAACAACUGUAGAUUUGCAAAUAGUUCGAUUGGACUUCCCGCGCCUAAACACAUCGCGCAGUUUAGUCAAUUGUCUCCCUUAUUUUAACUACGACGGAGUGACGCAGCAUUUUUGUUACAGUCUAGGCAAUUCGAUACGCACCUGUCGCGUGGGCUGUGCUCACUAUCAAUUAUUUAAAUUUAUUAAACGUGUUAGCUUAAGAGCGUUGACGUACUCUACGUCGCUACGUAUAAUCUUCACCAAAUAUUUGAUAUAAGUUUUUAUUCGUGUUAGCCAUAAAUAUUAUGAGUCAGUAUUUUAUUGGAAGUUGGAAUAAUGGAUUUCUGCUGGAGGGCCAUAAGCGAAUAAUGGGUGUUUGUAGAUAGUGUGCUAUAAAUGUGAAUAAUUUAUACGAGUAUUUUGUAAGUCCGCUUUACGUGAUAUCUCUCAGCUUACGGCCCUUCCGUAAUAAAUCGAUACCUACUAUGAAAAUAUAUGUUAUAUUUUAUAUUAAUAAUAGUAUUUAAUAAAAUUCGUAUAGACGUCGAGUUUAUAAUGCUCAUUCGGUAUGGAAUAAUCGCCGGGGGAUGUACAUAUAAUUAUUUAAAAACCUACCCCUAUUAGUUUUAAUAAUAAUCGACAACUCUAUUCGAAUUCUUUUUAAGUGUACAGUAACUGGUGUUCCUCUCCGAAAGUCUCCAUUUGUAGCGUAGUUGUGUAGAUUACCUGUAAGCCCGCGGGCUCGUUGAGAAUUAAUAAAAUACGUAGAUUAUUGGUGGGGUGUUACUGUCGAGCGUCGUAAGAGCGACAACACCAGAGGUGUUUGCGAGUGGAGUGAUUGAGGCACGCAGAAGUCAGCCGUCCGCUACUCACCAGACCCAACGCUCUCUCAAGCCUAUGAUCGACGGGCGAGUAAGACCGUGGUUUUAAAUACCGACGAACCUGGCUCGCGGCUCGUUGGUGCUGAUCGAUUAGCAAGCAAAACAGUCGCAUGUCUUGUUCUCUUUCCGACACGCGGUUUUGCAUGGCGAGCCGAGUAAAAAAUAUAGCACGACGACGAGCCGCGAGCCAGGCUCGGGGGUAUUUAAAACCGUGGUUUUGCAAUGAUACACCGGCGAGCUUUACCGACGAGCCAUAAAACCGCGGUCUUACUCGUCCGUCGAUCAGGCCCUUCAGCUCUGUCUCAGACAGUAACGGACGAAGGACUCUGCACGGAUAUGAAUGAGACAGUGCCAAUUUAUGCAUACAUGUCGAUGCAGCUAAUAUGAUAAGUGUUUGCACUUUAUUUAUUCAUAUAUUUACGUAAUUUAGUCGCACCUAGGAAAAUAUCAAUAACUUACUAAGAGUGUUGUGCUAGAUUUAUGUUAUCGAUUUUGACGUGAGAUAGUCGACGGAACCGUUAGAAGUCACUAAUUUAAAUUUAAUUUAUAAGAAUUUAUAGUAAAAUUAAAAUUAUUAAAGGUUUCGCAAACACUGUCUCACUUCGACAUCGAAUUAGGAUCAGUGUAAAUUUUAGAAUAUAUUGAUUAUUGUGUUAAAAUGACUGAUUUUUAUUAUGCGUUUGAAAGCCUAAGAUUACGUAGACUCGGUUAUUUCUUUACCUAAUACUAAUAUAGACUCGAACAUCUACUGUAAGAACACUCUAGUUUGCACCCAAGACGAAUAUUCAGGUCUCAAUAAAGCAAUUCUCGUUAAUUACUAUUCUUGUAAGUAGACGUUUAAUAGUUAGUCCGAGAUUGAUAUUCUAGGUUUUAUUGUUCUUUUAAAAUAUCAUUACACUGCCAGUAAUCAUAGACGAAGUACGAUAGGUUUUGGUCCGAUUUUAUAUUUUUCUCGUAUACAUUAAUAUUGUAAUUACCUACAUUUAAGUUUUUGAACUUUUUUAUAAUGAACGUGAUGCUCCGCUUUCAACUGAUUCGUGCUAUGAAUGCACAAACUCUUGAUUUAAGCUCUGCGUUGUCUCGAAACGUGUACCUUUACAAUUUACUACGUUUAUACCAAAGAUACUUAUGGCUGUAUAUAUCCAAUGCUGUUGUCAAGUUUCCAGCAAAUUACUGUUUACAUUAAAGCGAAAUCGUUUGUGUUCAGAAUUUAUGCAUGAGUAACGUUCGUUGCAGCUGCCGCGGCUUUUAAAGAUAGGUACACACGACGCACUCUAGAUAAUAUUUUGAUAAUUACAGUAAGUACACUAAUUAAGACGGCAGAGCACACAAUUCCAGUACAAACAAUGAAAUGCGGAAAUGACAUCGUACACCUAAUUUUAUUUUAGACAUUAAUGAAACCUAAAUAGUUAUGUUUUGUUUCAACUGUGAUUAUUUAGUUGUACAACUCUAAAAUUACAUAAAAGAAUAAAUAAAGUAUGAAAAAUG